GUGAUUUCCCACCGAUGAUUUUCUUCCGAUUUCAAAAAAAAACUCGGGUUUCGGAGAUAUUUCGGGUGGUUUCACACGCCCGCGGGGAAUUUUUUCCCGCCACACACACACCAGAGGACACACACACAAACACCCUUCACGCACGCAACGAAAGACGCACACGCGAUCCGGGCACAUGGGUCGCCCAAAGGGUAAGCGCAGGCUGCCAAGGAACGCCGACGGCACGAUUCGGAAGGCCCCUUCGCCCCCUGCAGACCCUGCUGUAGGCAACGACUCUCCUCCUUCUUCCGACCAUGAAGGCGCCAAUAUUUCUCCCAUGCACACCAACGACCACGACGACGACUGGCCCCACCGCCGUUCUCAUCGGCCUGCCGAAAGGAGGAAAGCAGCUUCUCAUGGAGAUGGGGCUGUGGGAAGGCGAGCCAACCCUACGCGAUCACGAGUGCAGCGCGUGCAGGGCGGAAAAGGCGGCAACAAGGCAAGCCAUUACCGCCUUCAACCGCGGUGGAGAGGGGCGGCAGCAGGUGGUGGACAACACGGGGCAGGGAGAGGAGGACGGCGGAGAGGACGGGGACUCGGGUGGGAGCGGGGCAGCUGGUGAAGCAGGCAAGAGGCGUCGCUGCUGCGUCGUGCGCGUUCUGUCUGAGCUCAAGGCGUUCAGGGAGGAGCUCAACAUGGUUGAGAAGCUCUUCAAGGCACACGGGCACCUGUGCAUCUUCUUGCCGAAGUACCACCCAGAGCUCAACGCAAUCGAGCGAUACUGGGGGUACAUCAAGCACCUCCUCCGCCUCCACUGCGAGUAUUCCCUUCGCCACAUGCUCCAGGUCUUGCCCGGCGCGUUGAGCGGCGUACCCGCACGGUUUAUCCGCGCAUGGAGCAGGGUGACGUGGCUGUACAUCGAAGCCUACGACGAGGGCCUGGAGGACUACCUCGAGUACCGCGAUCUCAAGGAGUGGGGGAAGCACCGAGAAGCCACCGCCAGGGGAGAUGCCGUGAUUCAGGCGAGGGGGGCGGGGAAGACGCCGGAGCAGAAGAAGGCAGCCGAGGCGAAGGCGCUUGCGGCUGCGCAGGAAGUGCGCAAGAAGUCGAUGGCAGCGACCAGGGAAGCCUUCAACACGUGGACGAGCAAGAGAGCCUCCCGGAAGGAGCAGCUACGGCUGUGGAUUUUGCGCAACACGAUGAAUUUUUUGAGGGAAUCAUUUAAUGGUUGGGCGGGCACGUUCAGGCGUGAGUGGGGAGGGUACGUAUCUAUAUGUCGCAGUGUGUUGUGUUGGUUUUUCGCGUUUAGGCGCGGUAGAGGCUUGCUUCAUGGUCACCAACUCAACGCUAUAGCUGUCUCUCUUGGUAUCGGACUUGCUUAGAGAGAACGGAUGUGAUUGCUGCAUGCUUUGUUUGCAGCACCUUCACCAGCCAGGGGUUGAGUAGAAAGUAAACGGCGGUAUUGUAUGUAUGUAUGUACAUAUGUAACGUGUAAAUAAUGUAAAUAUGGAUUGACAACGGUUUAACUGAUGUUUGUUCUGAAGGCAUAUACGUGUAGAAGGGAGGGGUUGAGGGGGGGUCGUGGUGUACUUUGGGGGCUCCGU